ACGUAACCCCGUCUCCACGCGCAUCUGCCCAUAGAACCAAGCCUCACCAUUUACGCAAAUAGCGUUACAAAGGUUCGUAGUGAAUAAAACAGCGAGCCCGAAACCGAUUGUGAAGGAAUAAAAAAGAAUACAAGAAUCGUCGGGUCUGACUGGAACUGCCCUUUCCAGAGGAACGAAGUGCACAAGACCCGAUAGCCAACUGGAAUAACCGGAUUUGACGGUCGCCGUGUGUGGAGUUGGGACGAGUUUGCAGGACCGUGGAAAUCGUUAAUGUAAAAAAAUGGGCAACUGACAGAUUUUUCCGUUUGAAUCGUCGGUAGGGUAGAAGAGCGAGGGAGCCGGCAUGGCGGACGGAUCGUUGAGUCUCCAUCGGAAUAUGAAGAGGAUCUGUAUGGUCCUGGAUCUAUAGGAAUACACAGCAACCAUUCCCCGCAUUAUCUGAUAGUUUCACUUGCGUGCUCAACUGUGACCAAAUUAAAAAUCAAACCAGCAGUGGGUUCAUUUGGGGGCCACAGGGCCAGAUUCAUGACUAUUUAGUCGAAGACGCGUCUCCAAGGCCUAUUAUCAACUGAAGGAAAACGAGGAACCAAAAGAAGAAAGGAUGCUUUGAACGACUAUUGGGGAACGAGAAAGGGUGGAUUGAUAGGUCAAAAUAUCGACUGUGAAGGCUCGUGGAGAGGAGUUGAUAGAAAAAAAUCAUAUUGUAAAUAAUCUAACAUUCAGAUUAAGGAACUGUCAUUCUUUGAAUGCAAAGGUUUAUAAAGAAAUCUACCAAGCCAGUCACGUAGCAUACAGUAUUUGAUUUGAGGAUUGGAUCAUGUCGGGGCGGCCCAGAACCACCUCCUUCGCGGAGAGCUGCAAACCAGUGCCGCAGCCCUCGGCUUUUGGCUCUAUGAAAGUCAGCAGGGACAAGGAUGGCAGUAAGGUGACAACGGUGAUGGCCACCCCAGGCCAAGGGCCCGACAGGCCCCAAGAGGUCAGCUAUACAGACACCAAGGUGAUUGGGAACGGCUCCUUCGGAGUGGUCUACCAGGCCAAGCUGUGUGACUCUGGAGAGCUGCUGGCCAUCAAGAAGGUUCUGCAGGACAAAAGGUUUAAGAACCGCGAGCUGCAGAUCAUGAGGAAACUGGACCACUGCAACAUCGUUCGCCUGCGCUACUUCUUCUACUCCAGCGGAGACAAGAAGGAUGAGGUGUAUCUAAACCUGGUUCUGGACUAUGUUCCUGAGACAGUCUACAGAGUUGCCAGACACUACAGCCGAGCCAAACAGACUCUGCCCAUAGUCUAUGUCAAGUUAUAUAUGUACCAGUUGUUCAGGAGUCUGGCCUACAUCCACUCGUUUGGGAUCUGCCAUCGGGACAUCAAACCCCAGAACCUGCUACUGGACCCCGAGACGGCUGUGCUCAAACUCUGUGACUUCGGCAGUGCUAAGCAGCUGGUACGUGGAGAGCCCAACGUGUCCUAUAUCUGCUCUCGCUACUACAGAGCCCCCGAGCUCAUCUUUGGUGCCACCGACUACACCUCCAGCAUAGAUGUGUGGUCAGCUGGAUGUGUGCUAGCAGAGCUGUUGCUAGGGCAACCAAUCUUCCCUGGCGACAGUGGAGUGGAUCAGCUGGUGGAGAUCAUCAAGGUUCUGGGGACCCCUACACGGGAGCAGAUCCGAGAGAUGAACCCCAACUACACUGAGUUCAAAUUCCCCCAGAUUAAGGCACACGCAUGGACUAAGGUGAGUCAACAGGUGUUCCGGCCGCGCACGCCCCCGGAGGCCAUUGCCCUGUGCUCUCGGCUGCUGGAGUACACGCCCACCUCGCGCCUCACCCCCCUGGAGGCGUGUGCACACUCCUUCUUCGACGAGCUGAGGGACCCCAAUGUCAAGCUGCCCAACGGGCGAGAAAAACCCUCUCUCUUCAACUUCACCACCCAGGAGCUGUCCAGUAAUCCCUCGCUGGCCAACAUCCUAAUCCCCGCCCACGCCCGCUCUCAGGUCACCACCUCCACCCCAACCAACGCCACCGUCACCACAGAUGGUAACAGCACAGAUCGUGGCCCCAGCACCACUACCGCCUCAGCCUCUGCCUCCAACUCCACCUCCUGAACCCUCCCUCUCUGACCUCCCCCCACAUCGCCCCAUUCAGGGGUGCACCUGGGUGCCAGCUGUAAGAAUGAUGACAUGGCAGGGUUUAAAACAGAUGACAACAACAACGCAACUAACUGAGCCCUCUACGUCACCCAUCUAAGUGUUUGAUUUCUGCAACCUACUCCACUGAGGACAUCUUUAUGGUCUGUUAGAGGGAGGGAGUGGUGGGGGCAGGGGAGGAUGAUGAAAUAUAAGAGUAUUCAUAUAUAAACGUACCAUAUAUACACAAUACUAGCCUGCUAAUGUUUCCAAGAAGACAAUCUAUGUAUCAAAGUAAUUAUCUGUCCCCUCACCCUCCUCCUCUUCCUUGUCCACAAUGAAGCCCCCCCCCCCACAUUAAGGAUCAGUCCCUCCCUCUCGCCCUCUCUCUACACCACACCCCUUCAUAUCCUCACUUCCCCUCUGACACCCCCUGGUUUGGAUGGCCACCCAGGCUCCUCCUCCUGUAGUGCAUGGCCUGAGUAUAGUUAGGAGCACCCAGAGUGACCUUUCACCCCUGCAUUGACGUCCACACUUCUGCUAAUUAGGCAUGAGGCACACAUACACACACACACACAUACAUUCUUACCAACACACGCCGAUGCAUGAAGGUCCUGCUAUAUGUGGACAGUCCAAUCAGAAGGGAGGUUUUGAUGUUGUCAGAGGUUUGCUCGGGGUUGUUUUUAAACGGUUAGCGAACAGUUUUAUUCUGUUUUUAUUUGAUAUUCCCUUGGCUUAGGGUGGGUGGGAUCAUUUAGAUUGACAUGUCAGAUGUCUAUGGUUCUGUGUGCUUGUAUUACAUUUACACUGAAUGUACAAAUCAUUAGGAACACCCUUGUUCUACAGGGAUGCUAGCCCAUGAUGACUCCAAUGCUUCCCACAGUUGUGUCAAGUUGGCUGGAUGUCAUUUGGGUGGUAGACCAUAAAUGAUACACAUGGGAAACUGUUGCAUGUGAAAAACCCAGCAGCGUUGUAGUUCUUGAGACUCCGGUGCGCCUGGCACCUACUACCAUACCCCAUUCAAAGGCACUCAAAUCUUUUGUCUUUCCCAUUACGUCUGAAUGUCACACAUACGGUACACAAUCCAUGUCUCUACUGUCUCAAGGCUUAAACAUCUUUCUCUAACCUGUCUCCUCACCUUUAUCUCUAUACUGAGAAGUAGAUUUAACAAGAGACAUCAAUAAGGGAUAGCUUUCACCUGGAUUCACCUGGACAGUCUGUCAUGGAAACAGCUGGUGUUCCUAAUGUUUGUACACUCAGUGUAUACAUGCAUACACAGUUUAUAUAUUACUUUGCAUUAUGUACAAAUAUAUAUAUAUAUAUAGAUAUAGAUAUAUGUAUAUUUAACUUCAAUGGUUCAGAAUCCAUAACGGUUAGUUGUUGACUCACAGAGCAGGGGCAAUAUUUGCUACUGCCUAAAGACAUGAAGAGGCAAGGUGGUGUGAUUUCUUUGGCUAGAAAAUACUUUUUUUCAGCAGUCACUUCCCUGUUUUCCUGUAUGUAAUUAUUAUGUUAAUGCUGUAGACAGGACUAGAAAAACACUAUGUUUUAUUUAUCUCUAUCAGAUGACUGUGUUGUAAUGCAGUCAGUUUUGGAGGGGACGUCUCCCCCACACCUUCUUUCUGUCUCUUUAGGUGAAGACUUUUUCUUCCAAACCAACCCCUAGCUUCUACCCCCUCAGCAUUUGAUUUGGAAUGGAGCCAUGGAGAGGUCUCUGCUGUUUCUGGCUAGAUUGGGAGGAGUUCUCUGUCACUGCUGGCUCUCCGAUUGUGACCACUGACUCAGUGUUAGUACAAUGUUCAUCAAAUGUUGGUCCAACGUUAAUUGAACAUUAGUCUAGCAUUCUUCUCUUUCCUCUAUCUCUCUCCACCUGAACCACACAAGCACCUCUCUGCUCCAGUCUCUCAGAGUAGAGCGUCUUACUUACCCAGACAUAUUGACACAGGUUCAAUACGACAACACAACUACACUGUGUAUAUGUACACAGUUCAUAUGCUCCUCACCAAAUCCUGACUCAUGUUUUAGUUUUUUAUGUUUGUUAGUUUCUUCUGUUUUUAUGUUGUGCUCAUGGUAUGUACAGUAUAUAUGUAGACUUCUGUACUGUUUAUGAGCAAAAACAAAGACAUGGGGGGAGAAAAGAAGCAAAAAACAGACUUAUUUGUUGGAUAUUGUAGAUGAUGAUGAUGCUUUAUCCAGCCAUAUAGUUCAAUCUGUACCUGUACAUUACAGUAGAUGACAGCUGUAUUAUUGGAACAAUACCUGGUCAUGUAUGGUGUAUCUAUAGUUUGGAGUGCCUUUUCUUUCAUACACCUUCGCCUUGGCCCCGUUAUCUCCCCCCCUCCCAUCACAUAACCUUACAUCCUCCUUAGGUGCUGUUGAAUUACUUUCUCCCCCCUCCUCUCAGAUCUCAGUUUCAGCCAAGAGUUGUGCCAAUGUUAGUUUAACGUUAGAAUUUCUCUCCCUUUUCCCCACGUUUAAAGAUUUUUGUUAGAAAUCUGUUUUUAAAACAUUAUCUAUAUAUAGUUCAAGAUUGUUGUCCCGAUUUUGAAGAAAGGCCUGUGCUUGAUUUUAAUCAAUGGCUGUUAUUGCUUCACUAGGGUACAGAAAUAUCUUCCACACACACACCACAGACAACAGAGUCAACAUAGCAUAGACAUACAUUAGAGUACAUUAUGUAUUCAGUCAAAAUGAUGCUUCUGGUAUCAAAGCCAUUACGCCAAUUGAUGAUAUUGAUGUUGUGACAAGCCAUCCUCAGAGGUAAUGCAGUACAUUGUAUCUCAUUGUCUACACACCCCUUCUCUUUUACACCUCCAUCCCUCUGUGGUCUGAGGGGUUUAUCAUGUCCCCCGCCGUGCCAUCCCGUCCUGUUUGCUGUAACAUUUGCGUUCAUCAACAUGUUGCCGUCUAUCCCACCAGUGUGACCACUUCACCUUUCUCCCCUGACUCCAGUUCAACCAGAGUGAACCAUGUCAAUCCACACCACAACCGUUUCAGUUACCAAAACAAAGACAAGCAAGGAUAGUGGACUAUAACAUACCGACUGUGGCAUCAUCACUCGUGGCAGAAGAAUAUGCUAACUGAGUUUAAAGAAAAAAUAAAAGAGGACGGAAAACUAACUGUAUAACAAUACCACUACUACUUGAAUGCCUCGGUUUGUGACAUUUUAUUUCAUUUUUAAAUGUUUGUUUUUUUUUGUUCUGUGAAGGUAUCCUAAAUGUUCGCCCCUGUAAAUACUUCCCCCUGCGUGCCCUGAGGAAUAGUUCCCUGGUUUCCUGGUACUGUCAUUUGCAUUAAAUAAAGAGUAGGAUAGCCUGGAAAUGAACAA